GGAAGGAAGUGAAUAUCUUUUUUUCGUUCUUAAAAUCCUUUAUUUGGUUGUUUGCUUGCAUGUCAUUGAGACAUAAAACAUGGAAAACAUCUAGAAAAAAAAAAACUUACAAAAGGAAAAUGACAACCAUACACUGCGGAAACUAUAGUUGCCGGUGGGCUAAAAUGACAAAACGAAAGUAAAAGGUGCCACACCACAUGUGCCUCAAAUUUCACAUUUGUUUUUUUACCCCGUCAUGUAUUUUUUGUCUGCUCGGGUACUUUACUUAUAUAUAUAUAAUAGUAGCAGCUUACCAAGGAUUGUUUUGGAUUGGAUUGGUUUUUAAAAUAUUCAACAUUUUUCGCCACAACAGCUUGUCUGUGCUAAGAAUUCGACAAAAAUGAUUUCCAUUGUGGAUUAACGUUACUCACAGAAUUCAGAAAAGCCAACGGAGCAAAACAGAUUUAGCUGGGCAAGACCAAAUGAGGCCCCAUUUCCAGCUCUCUCACUCCUGUCUGUGAUCAGUCAAUGGAUAGAACCAAUGCAUUCAACAAUGCAGCACAAAGUUACAUGGGAGAGAAGGCGAGACCAGAUGAAGCACCAUCUCCAGCACUCUCACUCCUGUCUGUAAAGAGUGAUCAGUCAAUGGAUCAGCCAAUUGCUUUCAGCAAUAAAACACCUAAUUACAUUGGUCCAAGACCAGCUGAGGCACCGUCUCCUGCAACUUCAUACUUCUCUUUAAAAAGCAACCAAUCAAUGGAUCAACCGAUUGCAUUCAAAGACAGAAGUCAGCCUUACAGCGUUAAACGUCUGAGAAAAGAUGAGGCACCAUCUCCAUCACCCUCACUCCUGUCUGUAAAGAGUGAUCAGUCAAUGGAUACACCCAUUGUGUUCAACAGUGGAGCGCAAAGUUACAUGGAGAAUCUGAGACCAGAUGAAGCACCAUCUCCAGCGCUCUCACACCUUUCUAUGAAAAGUGAUCAGUCAAUGGAUCAGCCAAUUGCGUUCAGCAAUGAACCCCCUAGUUACAUUAGUCCAAGACCAGCUGAGGCACCAUCUCCUGCAACUUCAUACUUCUCUUUAAAAAGCAACCAAUCAAUGGAUCAACCGAUUGCAUUCAAAGACAGAAGUCAGCCUUACAGCGUUAAACGUCUGAGAAAAGAUGAGGCACCAUCUCCAUCACCCUCACUCCUGUCUGUAAAGAGUGAUCAGUCAAUGGAUAGACGGAUUGUGUUCAACAGUGGAGCGCAAAUUUGGAUGGGAGAGAAUUUAAAGCCAGAUGAAGCUACAUCUCCAGCACCUUCCCUCACAUCUCUUAAAACUGAGCAUUCAGUGGACCGACCGAUUGGAUUCAGACUGGAAGCACAGAAUUACAGGGACAGAAGAUAUGAGAUUCGCACUUUCAGCCACUCUGCUGACAGAGGAUCACUACAAGUGUCCAGUUUGCACAGAGAUCUUUAAGGAUCCAGUUUCCAUCCCCUGUGGACACAGUUACUGCAAACACUGCAUUGAGAUCUUCUGGAACAAACCAACUCAAGCUGGAGGUUACGCUUGUCCUCAGUGCAGGAAGAGGUUCAGAAGUCGUCCUGUGUUAAGUGU